UUGGUUAUUUAUUUAUUUCUUCUUCGCUUUCUUGCGGGGCGAUUCCAAAAUCGUUUCUCAAUUCUCCAACCUCUUCGGUUUUAGGAUUCAGAAAAGCGAGUAAUAAUUGUGUAAUUACGUAUUAAUAUAAGCAAUAAAUAGGUAAAAAAAAAGUUAAAGAAAAAUAAAGUAGGAAUUGGUGGCGUUCGGAUGGCGCGUGGCGGAGGCGGCGGCGGCGGCGGCGUCGGGGUGGUGGAGUCGGCGGUGAUAGCUUACAACCUGGGAGAGGCAUCGAGUUGGUGGCACAACAUCAAUGCCUCCUCUAUUUGGCAAGACCGCAUAUUUCAUGCCCUCGCUAUUCUCUACGGUCUCGUCGCCGUCGUUGCCCUGGUUCAAUUGAUUCGGAUACAAUUGAGAGUGCCGGAGUACGGUUGGACCACACAGAAAGUCUUCCACUUUCUUAAUUUCGUUGUCAAUGGAGUUCGAUCAGCUGUGUUUGUUUUCCGCCGGCAAGUGCAGAAUCUGCAUCCGGAGAUUGUCAAACAUAUCUUGCUUGAUAUGCCGAGUCUUGCUUUCUUCACAACCUAUGCACUCUUGGUUCUGUUCUGGGCCGAAAUUUACUAUCAGGCACGUGCUGUUUCUACAGAUGGACUGAGGCCAAGCUUCUUGACUAUCAAUGCUGUGGUUUAUGUGAUUCAGAUUGCUAUGUGGCUGAUAUUGUGGUGGAAGCCUAUCCCAGUUCUCUUCAUCUUAUCUAAGAUGUUCUUUGCAGGUGUGUCCUUAUUUGCAGCGCUUGGGUUUCUUCUAUAUGGUGGAAGACUCUUCUUGAUGUUGCAGAGAUUUCCUGUAGAAUCAAAGGGACGACGUAAGAAGCUGCAGGAGGUUGGUUAUGUGACAACCAUAUGUUUUACAUGUUUCCUUGUCAGAUGUGUAAUGAUGUGCUUCAAUGCAUUCGAUAAAGCUGCAAACCUUGAUGUUUUGAAUCACCCGGUUCUAAACUUCAUAUAUUACCUGUUGGUGGAGAUAUUGCCUUCUUCUUUGGUCCUUUUCAUUUUGAGGAAGUUGCCUCCAAAGCGUGGGAUCACACAAUAUCAUCCCAUUCGCUGAGAGGAUUUAGAAACAUCCCGCUGACAGAAACUGAAGAACGGACUUACAAAUACGCAACUUUGAAACGCUUAUCUACCCAAUGGGGAGACGAAAUAUUGGAAAGAGGCGGAAAAGGUGACGACUAUGGGCUUUGAGGAGCAGCUUUAUUGGAUUCCGAGUGUUGGUUCUUAGCAGGGGGUGGUAGAUUUGUUGAAGAGAAACGACCUUUAAGGGAUUGUCAAAUAUGUAAGAAUCAUGACCUUUUAUUUUGAUUGUCUUGAAUCGGACUGACCGGUGUUGCUCUGUUGUUUUUAACAAUCUCAGAAACUUAAAGUCGUAGAAUUUCAUGUUUCAUGAA